AUGUACCAUACUACUUUCGCAGCGGGACCAGCUUCAGGCGCAGGCGCAUACCACGGACACCAAGCAAGCUAUGCAGCGCAGGUUCAACCACCUCGCGGAGUGGACGUCCCACUCAAUAGCCAUGAGCUUCAUCUGGAGAUCAGACAGAAUCCGAAGGAAGCGCUGGUAGCCCUCGACGGCAAGGAACGAGGCACGUCUGGCAUCACAGAUGCACGCAAGCCGGUCGAUCCUCCGCCAAUUAUCCAGCUCCGAGUCAGCUCACGCGCGGAUCCCGCUCAGCAUUUCCUUCAGAGCCCGUACCUGUUCAUGUGCGCUAGCUUGUACCAGCAUCCUGGCGAACAACCCAAGAGUGAAGACAACAAAGACCUCGUCGGGACCUUGGCGUCUUCCCUGCAUCGUCUGAAAGACACAAACGAUACUGAUGGCGCCUUCUUCGUUUUCGGUGACAUCUCGGUCAAGUCUGUUGGCUUUCACCGAUUGCAGUUCAGCUUGUACGAGAUGCGCAGGGAUACGGGUGAAGUUGUCUUCCUGCAGUCAAUCGUUUCGGACACGUUCAAUGUCGUGACGUCAAAGGACUUCAAGGGCAUGGAGGAGUCUACGCACCUAUCACGCUCAUUCUCCGAUCAGGGCGUGCGCCUUAGGCUGCGCAAGGAAUCUCGAUCAGUUGUGGGAAGGAGCAAAAGGGCAUACCCGUUCGACCCGCAAGGACAGCCUACCGCUCCGCAGGCGCAGCCUGCCGCCCAGCAGGUGCACGCCCAGCAGGUGCAAGCCGUCGAUACCAGCCCGUACAAGCGCUACCGAACCGACGCCGAGCAGGACGCCUCGUCAGGGCUACAAGGGCUCCAAGGGCCGCAAACGCUGCCAGUGCGAAGCUCCGCCAAUACCAUGAGCCGCUAUGGGGCCUAUGGGCUCGUGAACGGCGCCUACACCGGCAUGCAGCAGCAACAACAGCAGCCGCAGCAGCCGCAGGACCAGAACGACAUCCACGCCAACUGGAUGUACGGUAACUACUACACAGGGUAG